CCAAACAUUUGUUCUUCCAUACCCUAAUACCCAUGGAACACACGAAGAAAACAAGAGGUCGUCAAAAGUUGAAGAUGAAGUUCAUCGAAGAUGACAAGAGUCGUAUUGUGACAUUAACAAAGCGUCGGACCGGGAUCUAUAAGAAGGCUAGUGAACUUUGCAUCCUCACCGGUGUUGACAUAGCAAUACUCAUAACAACUCUCUCUGGUAAAAAGUUUUCUUUUGCUCACCCGAAUAACGAGUUUGUUGAAACUCAAUUUUCUCAAAAAAACAUAUUGCAAAAAGGUAUUCUCGAGCCCUAUCGCGAGGUUCAUAUCAAAGAGCUUGCCGAACAACUUGAAGAGGUUUAUAACGACGUGAAACUUGAAGAGCAACGCGCUAGUACUUUGAAAGAAAUGAGAGAUAGUAGGGCUGGUAACAUGUGGGAAGAAUCGAUGGAUGACCUUCGACCCGAUGAAGCUCAGAAAGUGAAGGAACGAUUGCGCGAAUUGCAAGCCCAGAUUAUUAGUAUUCAAAAUGAACAGUAUCUACUCCGUGGGACUUCAGAUGUGGCUGAAACUUGUGCACCUAAUCAUACAAUGUGAUUGGAGCAUCGUACUUUGAUCUUAGGAAGUACCGAGUUAGUUAGCAUUAUUGAGUUGGUUUUUCUUUUAUUCUUAAAUGUUGUGGGAAUGCUAAAUACUGAAAAUUGAAUUUUCCUUCUA